CACUGCACAGUUGUGCUUUCCCACGUGGCGCCAUCUAGUCAAAGAAGCGGCUUUGCUCGCCGCCGCCGCCCGCUGACUCGGCUUGCUCUCCGCACAGCCUGGCGGAGCCUGGUCAACUUCAGCCAGAAUCCUCGCCUCUCUGCAGCACCGGCGGAAAAAGAGCGGAGGCGCCGGCACGGCAGCGCAAAAGCUUCCACCGGCGAAGAAGCCUCAACUCAAAUAGCCUCUCGGCCUCGCAGCUUCGUAACCUUUUCGCCUCCCCGGGCUCUUUAACGGCUCAUUAGCCAAUAAGAAUGGCUAAUCGUCUCCCGCAGUCCUCCGCUCCCCGCCCUACGGGGGGAGACCCGGCUCACCAUUGGCUGCUUUUGAUCAACAAAAGGGGGGCUAAUUACCAUGCGGCGGGCUGCUCUUAUAGGCUCCGAAGGGUGCCAGUCAGGCGCGCCUGUUCUCCGCCCUUCUCAGCUUCCAGCCUGGCCGGCAAAGGCGCCUUGGUGCGGUCGCCACUCGUCGGCUCGGAGCUGGGCUGCGAAGGUUGCGAGGCGAUGCUGCGCUGCUGACCCGUGCCGGCCGGGCCCCCACGCAUCAUGCUCCCGGGGUUACCGCCCGCGGGCUGCUGCCUAUGGGCCAGCUGCGCCUGAUCGGCGGCCGUCUCCCCGAUGCCCCCGGCCCCCCUGCCUCGUCGCCGCUGCUCCCGCCGGGGCGAAGGAGGUGGUUGCUGCUUCUCCUCUUCAUCAUGCUCGCCUUGUGGCUUUGCAUGGUCUACUCUUGCGUCACCGGAUCGUGCGCUUCAGCCGCGCCGGGGCUGAUGCUGCUGGACUCUUCGCCGUCUACUCGGAAAGCGCCCGGUCCGGAACUCAACCAGCUGCUGCUCCCAGCCCGGACGGCCAAGAUCCAGCUGAGAGCCGAUCCGGAGAACGACGAAGACGAAGACGACGAAGAGUUAGGUGGCGGCGGCAGCAACAGCAACAACGGAGUGGCUCCGGAUUCCCCCAGCUUCAUUUCCAGUUUCCUGAAUGGCUCUGGGACAAAGCGGCUGCCCCAGGCGGUGAUAAUCGGCGUGAAGAAGGGUGGGACUCGGGCGUUGCUUGAGUUCCUGCGAGUCCACCCGGACGUGCGAGCGGUGGGCGCCGAGCCUCACUUUUUUGAUCGCAACUACGAGCGAGGACUCACCUGGUACAGGGAACUGAUGCCAAGGACUCUUGAUGGCCAGAUCACCAUGGAGAAGACGCCCAGCUACUUUGUCACUAAGGAAGCACCAGCUCGCAUCUCCUCUAUGUCAAAGGACACCAAGCUCAUUGUGGUGGUGAGAGACCCGGUCACCCGAGCCAUUUCUGACUACACACAAACCCUUUCCAAGAAGCCAGACAUCCCAUCCUUUGAGAGCCUGACCUUCAAAAACAGGACUACGGGCCUGAUUGAUACCUCCUGGAGUGCCAUCCAGAUUGGCAUUUAUGCCAAGCAUCUAGAAAAUUGGCUCCUGUACUUCCCGCUUGGGCAAAUCCUUUUUGUCAGUGGGGAGAGACUGAUCAGUGAUCCAGCAGGCGAGUUGGGUCGCGUCCAGGACUUUCUGGGCCUCAAGAGGAUCAUCACAGAUAAACAUUUCUACUUCAACAAAACCAAGGGGUUCCCAUGCCUGAAAAAGGCUGAAGGCAGCAGCAAGCCCCACUGCCUGGGCAAGACAAAAGGACGGACCCACCCUGACAUUGACCAGAAAGUAGUACAAAGGCUGCGAGAAUUCUAUCGGCCAUUCAACAUGAAGUUCUACCAGAUGACGGGCCAUGACUUUGGCUGGGAUUGAUGGCACUUCCCAGAGUCGAUCCCAUCUUUCAGCUUCCUUUCCUCCUAUACAUGUAGAUAGGUCUAUAUGUAAAAUGUACAGAAAUCUAUUUUAUAAUAAUUUAUUUUUUAAUUCUUAAGCAAUUAAUUCACUAAGCUGCCUAACCCCACUGUAGCUCAUAGCUGUGUUCUUGUUUAGUUUGAACAUUCCACCGGGCUGAGUCUUGCCAGGUUCUUCAUCGCUUGGCUUCAGCGUGUGCUGGAAAGUGCUUCCAGGUAUUUUCCCAGGAGAACUUUUAAUAUUAAAAAUAAAAAAGGAGGGGAGGAUGGCAAAUAAUGGUUAAGAGACAAUGAGAAAAGCACAAUCUUUAUUAUUAUUAUUAUAAUUAUUAUUAUUCUUUUUUUUUCCGAUACGGGUACUAGGCAUGUCAAAAACAAUUUUGUACAAGGCCCUUCAUAUUGCAUCUCUGGGCUUUUUUCCUUCUUAAGUCAAUCCACAGACAUUUUUUAUUUUUGUUAGCUUGGAAAUAGCUCGAAAGUAAAAAUGACAACAACAACACAAUUAAACCUCAGGCAGUUGCUUUCAUGGUUGGGCGUGGCGUAUGCACAGAAGGAAACACUCUUCAGCUAUGGAGUUGUUGCUGCCUCCUGUUCCCCAUUUUUAUUGACCAGGUCUUAGCAUUUCCCCUUUCCACAGAAGUUUUGUGACACAGUAGACUUUAUGAUUAUAUACAGUUCAUCUGAUCUCACACUUUUUGGAUGAGGAACACUGCAGUUUCUUCCUGCUGAAGAAUUGUGAAGUGCUUACUUGGGAGACCAGAACUGACACAGUAUUUAAUUCUUUCAGGCUUAGUUUUCAAGCUGCUGUUACAGAAGAAGAGUUGAAGCCUCUGUUUGUUUUCUGAAUCCCACUUUGGUUUCUCACAAUGACUGAUCAUCCUACAAAUGGCGUCCUAUCCCAUGAAACAAGCUAAUACCUUUAGCUUUCUACAUUCAACCAGUAUGUUGAAUGUGGCAAUGAGCUAAAGGCCUUGACCUGUUUUUAUGGGGCUUCCUUUCCUCCCAAAAAUAGUUUAAAUAUAAGCACAAAAACACAAUACCAUUUGAAAUUUAUUCAGUUUACUAAAUGAUAUAGAUCAGAGGUGAGUGAACAUUUUACAAGCUUGCUGAAAGAGGCACUAGAGAUGGAUAUUCAGAAAAUGUAGUUUAUCCAAAAUUCAUCAGAUAAUUCUACAAACUGUUAAGCUACCUUUUGUGUAUAUACCCAACAGCACUGUUCUGCGAUGAGUUUCAAGAAUGAGUUUUUUCAGGGUGGUCCUAUAUGUGAGACAAAAAUCCAUUGCAUAUUGAGAAAAUUUGUUACUCUUCGUUCUAUCAGAAGUUUUGUUCUCCAUAGAUGUGAACCUGAGCACAUUAUAGUAGAGUCAGAAUAAGUUCUUAAGGUCCCUAACACAAAUGUGAAUCAGAUUGAGUGGGAUUAUAAUUUGUAUUCUUAUCUUGAGAGAUAAUCGGAUAUAGUAAUGAAUCAAUGAGAAAAUUAGUCUGGGGGAUUCCUCAGAGGAAUGCAUGGAUACUCAUACCAAUACAUAUGCAAACACACUUAUACACCUGGCUAAAGGUGUAGCUUUUUCUGUAAAUAUUCAUCCUUUACAUUGGGCUUCUUGGUCUUGUGGAAUUUACUAUAUCUUCUGACAGAAUACAGGCUAUAAAAAGAAAGAUAUUUGGAUCACCUUCUCAUUAGAAGAUGCAGCAUAUAUGGUCACCCACAUAUACAUCCAUUUAACUCUGAUAUGUAUUUGAUAAACAGAUGACUUUUUCAUAUGUACAAUCCAGCGAACAUCCUUUGUUCUGAAACAUUGGAGUGAAUUUUAAUUUCUAGGCCUUAUUGUUUUCUAUUUCAAAACUUUUUGAUUUUUUGGGGGGAUGGAACUGCUGAGUUCUGCUUGGACUUUCUGAUCUGUUUUUUUUUUUGGAAUGGGUGAAGGAUACUUUCCUAGUUGCAUAAAGUAUGAUAGGUAUGGUAUCCAUGCACCUUGUUUUCUUUGUGUGUGCUUUUUUUGAGUGAUGACAUUGCCAUCAAUUCACUGUUAUAACAUUGAACUGCUAAUUGUGGCUGAUCAGCCCACUCAAUGGAAACCUUCUGAAGCCAAUUUAUUGAAGAGGCCUUACCUAAAUAUCAAAUAAAGUAGCCAUGAGAGGCAUAUAUCAUAUGAUAUUUGAACUGCAUAGAUAGUAGCCUUCAUAAAUAUUGCCAAUUUUUGUUCCAUUUGCAAGACUUGGAGGUCUGGUUAUAUGUCUUUUCACCCUAUAACAUUAAUUUAUGGCUGAGUUCCAUUCAGCACUGCAGUAUGUCCUGAUAUUAGCAAUAUUUUUGAGUUUGCUAUAACAUGUUGUGGCUUAGAAUGGUACACUUGUAAAAGGAAACAAAUGACAAGCAAAAACUGUAAAUUGAAUAUUUUGUGGUAUGUACAACACAAAUUAAUUUUACACAGAGGUUUCUAGAAAAAUGGAAUUCUG